AGAUAUUCCUGGUUGCUGAGCAGCGUGUGAGAGCAGCAGAGGGAGGCGGGAGCUGCUCAUGUUGUUGUCGCCGUUAAUACUUGUCUCAUCACGUUUCUCAAGUUCCUCAUCCCGACUCGGACCGAACCGGAGAUUCUCUUUCCUGCAAAGUUUCAGUACAGAGUUCCAGGUGUUGCAUCGGCUGGAGCUAGCUCGGCUGCCCGUUUCGCUUCCCUCGUCCCCGGCCAGCCAGCAGUAAGUUAGCCCGCUGUCCUCCCUCUCCUCUCCUCUCCUCUCCUCUCCAGCUGUGUGCAAUGGCGCUCAAAGCCAGGGCCAUUUAUGACUUCAACUCCGAAAACCCCGGGGAGGUGUCGGUGCGGGAAAAUGAGAUCGUAACUUUAUAUAGUGAGCAGGACAUCGAGGGCUGGUUUGAGGGCACGAACAGCCGGGGAGAGAGAGGUCUCUUCCCCGCGUCGUACGUGGAGAUUUUGCGCAGCGACGCCGCCUCCACCAUCAACAACAACAGCUGCAACACAUCUGGUGACUCGGUCCCGGACUCCAGAUACGCCAACAUCCCAGCAGGAGGAUUCGACAGUUCUUACCAGCCCCCGACUAAAGUUGAGAACUUCUCACCUCCCAGUUUCAGCUCAUUUUCAGGCACCGCACAGCAGCAGGUGAGCCAGGGCAGCGACGACGACUGGGACGAUGACUGGGAUGACAGCUCCACCGUGGCCGACGAGCCAGGGACCGUGGGCGGAAGGUACCGUGAUUUUGACGGCUCUUCCACAUACAGAGUUUCAACAUCCUCCAUGGCACGAGGUCAGCAGGCGAAGGGUUCUGCCACAGUCAGCAGGAACUUGAACAGGUUCUCCACUUUUGUCAAGUCUGGAGGAGAGGCAUUUGUGCUUGGCGAAGCAUCAGGGUUUGUCAAAGAUGGGGACAAGAUUUGUGUGGUAAUGGGUCAGUAUGGUCCGGAGUGGCAGGAGAACCCGUACCCUUUCACCUGUGCAAUUGAUGACCCCACUAAGCAGACAAAAUUCAAGGGAAUGAAGAGCUACAUCUCAUACAAGCUCACUCCAACACAUACACAGAACCAGGUGAACAGGAGGUACAAGCACUUCGACUGGCUCUACACUCGCUUGGUGGAGAAGUUCCCUGUCAUCUCGGUUCCCCACAUUCCUGAGAAGCAGGCGACCGGCCGCUUCGAGGAGGACUUCAUCUCCAAGAGGAGGAAAGGUCUGAUCUGGUGGAUGAGCCACAUGACAAGACAUCCGGUCCUGGCGCGGUGUGAUGUAUUCCAGCACUUCCUCACCUGCAACAGCACAGAUGAGAAAGCCUGGAAGCUUGGUAAGAGGAAGGCGGAGAAGGAUGAGAUGGUUGGGGCAAACUUCUUCCUCACCAUUAGCACCCCACCAGCACCACUCGACUUUCAGGAGGUGGAGAGCAAAAUUGAUGGAUUCAAGUCUUUUACCAAGAGGAUGGACGACAGCACCCUUCAGCUCAACGCCACAGUCAAUGAGUUUGCCCGCAAGCAGAUCAGUGGCUUCAAGAAGGAGUAUCAGAAAGUGGGGAUGUCUUUUAAGAUCCUCAGUCAAGCUUUUGAAAUGGACCAGCAGGUGUAUUCGUCCGGACUCAACAAAGCCAUCUCCUUCACUGGGGAGGCCUACGACUCCAUAGGAGAGUUCUUUGCUGAACAGCCCAACAAAGAUCUGGACCCCAUCAUGGAUUUGUUAGCGCUUUAUCAAGGUCACCUGGCCAACUACCCGGAUAUCAUCCACGUGCAGAAAGGGGCGCUGACCAAGGUGAAGGAGAGCCAGCGACACGUGGAGGAAGGAAAGAUGGACCAAGCGCAGGCCGAAGGCAUCAACGACCGCUGCAACAUCAUCUCCUGCGCCACGCUAGCUGAGAUCCAGCACUUCCACAAGACCCGCGUGCACGACUUCAAGGCUCAGAUGCAACACUUCCUCCAGCAGCAGAUCGCCUUCUUCCAGAAGGUGACGGGGAAGCUGGAGGAGGCGCUGCAGAAGUAUGACAAUAUCUAGAGCAGCCGAGCCCAUCCUCACAAACACUCACUCCAGGGAUUGAAGCCCAACUUUGCCCAGGGUCUGUUUGUUAACCUGGAUGUUCUUAUUUAAGAUUUUUAUUUGUUUAUUUUGCCUCGGACUGGUGACACGAGGCGAGGAGCGUUUAGUUUAUUACGUUUUUUAGCCUUUUAACAGCGUUCUUACCGACAGUUGAGAUGCUCUGCCUUCUGGUCUUUCAAAUGUUUACAGCCGCACUCUCGCUGUGCCUUCCGAUUUCUUCUCUUGUCACUAAGAAGCUUUAUACGUGGAGAUAAAUGCUGUUUGUUUUGCUGCCACACGCUGGGGAAGGGGAGGGAAAAAGUAUAACGGUUGUGGGGUUCAUUUUUGACACAGGGAUUAGUGGCUUUGAAGGGAAUGCUGCACAAACACAGAAGCGUGUAGCCAGAGUUUAAUGGAUGUAUUUGUGUCGGGAUGAUGUAUAUCUGGUGAUAGUGCUAAGAUGAAUAUUUAAUGAUGCCUCCUGAUUUAACUGUGAGCCAAAUUUGAAGAGAUUAUUGAAGAGAGACACAAUUAAAACCUUCCACACA